AUGUCCUCGGACUUCGAUGACCCUCGUCCCAGCGACAAUGUGGAGGCUCAUCUCCCCGAGACCCAAGCGCCGCCCCCGACGACAGAAUCGGCUCCGCAGCGACAAUCUAACGGUUACUUCGCAGACAAGCCCGAAGACCAGGAAGCAUAUCAAGCGCCAGAGCGUCAUGUUUCUAGGUCCGAAAAUGGACCGUCCACCGAAUCGCAGCAGCUCUCUUCCUCCGCGACAACCCUCUACACCCUCUCCUACCUCAUCUUCUUCUCCAUCUUCGGCACCCUCGCCCGCCUCGGUCUCCAAGCCCUGACGUUCUACCCCGGCGCGCCGGUCGUAACAGGCGUGCUAUGGGCAAAUGUAGGAGGAUCCUUGCUCAUGGGCUUCUUCCUCGAAGAUAAGAACAUCUUCCGCGAGGAAUGGGGCAAGCCCAACACCAGCAACGACAAAACCGAAGAAUCCAAACGCCACAAAGCCGUCAAGAAGACGAUCCCCCUCUACAUUGGCCUGACAACCGGCUUCUGCGGCUCCUUUACGUCCUUCUCCUCCUUCAUCCGCGACAUCUUCCUCGCCCUCUCCAACGACCUCGUCUCCCCGGACCUCGCAACCGCAACCGCAACCUCCCGCAACGGCGGCUACAGCUUCAUGGCCCUGGUCGCAGUCCUCUUAACAACCGUCUCCCUUAGUCUCGCUGCCCUAAUCGCAGGCUCGCAUCUCGCGCUCGGCAUCAACCACCUCCCAAUCCCACAUACCCUCCCCUUCCGCCUAACCCGGCGCAUCCUCGACCCCCUCUUCGCCUCCCUCGGCCUAGGCUGCUGGAUAGGAACAAUCUUCCUCGCGAUCUUCCCGCCAACAGGGCAUAAAGCCUGGCGCGGCGACGCCGUCUUCGCAAUCGUCUUCGCACCCCUAGGAUGCCUCCUCCGCUUUUACGUCUCACUAUGGCUGAACGCGCGCAUGCCCUCGUUCCCGCUCGGCACCUUCGCAGUGAAUAUCUUUGGCACCAUCGUUUUGGCCAUGUGCUAUGAUCUCCAACAUGUCGGAAACAUUGGUGCCUCUGCGCUAGUGAGUUGUCAGGUGCUGCAGGGUGUGAUGGAUGGGUUCUGCGGGUGCGCGACGACGGUGAGUACGUGGGUGGCGGAACUGAAUGGGCUGGCGAAAAGGUUACAGGCGUAUGUAUAUGGGGUUUCGAGUGUAGCUGUGGCAUUGGGGUCUUUUGUGAUCAUCACCGGGUCGCUGAGGUGGACUGUUGGGUUUGUUGAGCCCGUGUGUGGGUGA